AGCGAGUGCCACGAACUGACCAAUGAGGAGGGAGCGGCCCGGGGUUUAAACCCAGGCCCGGCAGCCUCCUCCCGGCGUGCUGCGGAGGAACGGCUGUUAGUGUUUAGCUGUGGGCAGCCAGAGGUUGGGGCGUCUUCUCUGUUAGGCGAACCUCGGCUUCAGGAGGAGCCAUGGCGCUCAGAGUCACUCGGAACACAAAACUUAACACCGAAAAUAAGGCGGCCAAGGUCAGUAUGGCAGGCGCCAAGCGAGUGCCUGUGACAAUUGCUGCUGCCUCCAAACCCGGGCUGAGAUCGAGAACUGCUCUUGGGGACAUUGGUAAUAAAGUCAGCGAACAGGCACAGGCAAGAGUGCCUCUGAAAAAGGAAGCAAAAACGUUAGGUACUGCGAAAGGUACUGUUAAAGUGCUUCCAAAACCUGUGGAGAAGGUGCCUGUGUGUGAGCCAGAGGUAGAACUUGAGCCUGAGCCUGAACCUGCACCUGAACCUGAACAUGUUAGAGAAGAGAAGUUUUCUCCUGAACCUAUUUUGGUUGAUACUCCCUCUCCAAGCCCAAUGGAAACAUCUGGAUGUGCACCUGCAGAAGAAUAUCUGUGUCAGGCUUUCUCUGAUGUAAUUCUUGCAGUGAGUGAUGUAGAUGCAGACGAUGGAGCUGAUCCAAACCUAUGUAGUGAAUAUGUGAAAGAUAUCUAUGCUUAUCUCAGACAAGUGGAGGAAGAGCAGUCAGUUAGGCCAAAAUACCUACAGGGCCGUGAAGUCACUGGAAACAUGAGAGCCAUCCUAAUUGACUGGCUAAUACAGGUUCAGAUGAAAUUUAGGCUGCUGCAGGAGACCAUGUACAUGACUGUCUCCAUUAUUGAUCGGUUCAUGCAGAACAGCUGUGUGCCCAAGAAGAUGCUGCAGCUGGUUGGGGUAACUGCCAUGUUUAUUGCAAGCAAAUAUGAGGAGAUGUACCCUCCAGAGAUCGGCGACUUCGCCUUUGUGACUAACAACACUUACACUAAGCACCAGAUCAGGCAGAUGGAGAUGAAGAUUCUGAGAGUUCUGAACUUCAGUCUGGGUCGCCCUCUGCCUCUGCACUUCCUCCGUAGAGCAUCUAAAAUUGGAGAGGUUGACGUUGAGCAGCAUACUUUGGCCAAAUACCUCAUGGAGCUCUCCAUGCUGGACUACGACAUGGUGCAUUUUCCUCCUUCUCAAAUUGCAGCUGGGGCUUUUUGCUUAGCACUGAAAAUUCUUGACAACGGUGAAUGGACACCAACUCUGCAGCACUACCUAUCCUACACUGAAGAAUCCCUGCUUCCUGUUAUGCAGCAUCUGGCUAAGAAUGUAGUCAUGGUGAACCGUGGCCUUACAAAGCACCUGACUAUCAAGAACAAGUAUGCAACAUCUAAGCAUGCUAAGAUCAGCACUCUGGCACAGCUGAACUCUACACUAGUUCAGAAUUUGUCUAAGGCCACAACAAAGGCAUAAAUAACUCCAAUGGACUCCUACAUCUGCUGAAGCAGUUGGCACCAUGUGCCGCCCGCCUGUACAUAGGAUACAUGUUUACUUGCUCUUCAAUAAAGGUUGUGACUUUUUACUUCACAUAGCUUAACUCAUUUGAAUGUGGUUGCUUCUGACUUUAGGAUAACAGAAGUUGUCGAGUAUAUUAAAAACUGCUUCUAGUUUUAACAAUGGAUUCAACUAAUGUAUAUAUUUGUAGCCUAUAAUUUGUUUAUAUACUUCCUUCACUGUGUGUCCUUACGUCAUCAUGCAAAGUCUUCUGCCUAGCUCUGGCUUAAACUCUAAAUCUACCAGCUAGUCCUUUGUUCCAUUUUUUUAUAGGUGGUUGCCACCAUUAACCACUGUCUCUUGAGUUGUCAACUUUCAGAUCUGAAACCAAGUAUCUUUGUUAUGUAAUUAUUUAUUUGUUCUUAAUUGGAAAAUAGGAUGUUCAAAAUUAAAGAUAUCUUUUAAAAGAAUUUGCCCCCCAAGUCUCAGUACUAACAGAUAAGGGUGUAUAUUCUUGUAUAUCCUGUAUAGACAUAAUCAUGCAUAUAUUGUCAAGGAGAGAUAAUUUUAUAUGGGUUCAUUUUUAUCAACGGUAUUCCUAUCAGCAUUCCUUUCAGUGCCCAUGUUGCAUUUCCUAGUGUGAACAAACUGUAUGUAACAUAUUCAAUCAUUCCCUCAGUGAUAUUCGAGUGCAUUCAUUCUCUUGCUGCCGUCCACACAGUGUUCUUAAGUGCUGGUUAAGGCCUUGCUUGGCUUCCUGCAUAGUAGCUCUCCAGGGGUGUGCUUUCAACUCUGACAGCCAAAUGGCAUGCAAAGUGCCACUUCCUCUCUCCUGUCUGUAACACCAACUGGAAAAUAAUCCUGUCUCAUUUGCUGUUUUAAUUUAUACAUCUCAUAUCAAAUUGAAUAAAAUUUUAUUGAUGGAAAGCUUU